AUGGAUUUCGAAGCAGGUCGCUGCGCGCUGUGCAAGAAAACAGCCACCAACCCACAAACAUUGCCAUGCGGUUGCACCUUCUGUCUUUAUCCCUGCCUGUUACCCGAUGAUGCCAGCACAGAUACCGUUACAUGCCCAUUCUGCUUUAUCGAGACUUCUACUAUGCUUCUGGAGCCCGGAAUCCCUGAGCCGUUACAAUUCAUCCAAAACACGCGUGACGAGGAAGCAGAGGUGCGUGUUCGCGUGGAGACAAAACUCAGUGAGUUGCGGUCACAAUUAGACAUAUUGGAUACUCUGACAAGCGACCUCCUAAUUUUAAGAACAAAACAAGUUUCGCUCAAGGAGAACCUCAAACAGGAGGUCAACUCUGCAAGCGAAGAACUGCUCCAACAGGCUGUUCGCUCCCUCGGGACGACAAAAAAUACUGGUAACGCAACCGUAUCCAUGAUAAACAUGUUUGCGAAUACUGUAAAACAACAAGUUCGGAAAUUGUCAGAAGAGCGGUCUUCGAUCCUCGAGAGGGCAAAACAUUUAGACUCAGAGAAUGAUAUAGAUAAAUUGGUGAGUUUUAAGGAGGAGAUAACCAACGUUCGAGCAAACAUGGAGUUUGCCUUUGUCGAGGUACUUGAUGAGGAUGAUGAUUCGUGGAUUUAUGGUGUGGAAGUACGCAGCGAAAUCUUUGAGCAUGUGAGUACAUAA